CCUGACUGAAUGAAGAAGGUAUUUGCAAAACUUAUCUGCAUUUUUUUCCUCCAAAAAUUUUAAAUUGUUCUUUCUUGAAACUUACCUGAGUACUGUAGAGAUGAACCAAUUGGAGUCACUGCUGCUUUAUUUAACAGUGAGUGCUGUGUUUAGUGGAAUAUCCCUUUAUAAAUUAUGGAAGAACAAAGUGAAAAUAGAAAAUGCUUCUGGUUUUGGUUUGCUGUCUUUGCUGAUUUUAGAAAUUGUCUCCUUUUUCAUCCUAUCUGAAAGUGCUGGCUUGGUCUUGUUCUCUGCAGCCUGUAUUAUCUAUUUGUAUUCAAUACCUGACAAAUACAUGUUACCAAUGGAAGGAAAAUCUGUUCUUAUUACAGGGUGUGAUUCUGGGCUUGGACAUGCACUAGCUAAGCACUUGGAUGAACUAGGUGUUCUUGUGUUUGCUGGUGUUUUGGAUAAGAAAGGGCCGGGUGCUGAAGCACUAAAAAGGAUUUGUUCACCGCGACUUUCGCUUAUCCAACUUGAUGUCACAAAUGUUGAAGAGAUAAAAAAAGCCUACACUAAUGUCAAGAGCCGGGUGCAAGAUGCAGGUUUGUGGGGCAUUGUGCAUAAUGCAGGGGUCCUUGGCUAUGUUACAGAUGGAGAAUUGCUUCCCAUAAAUGUUUACAGGCAGUGCAUGGAGGUGAACUUCUUUGGUGCUGUUCAAAUCACAAAAAUGUUUAUAUCAUUAGUCCGGAAAGCCAAAGGGAGAUUAAUUAGCAUUUCCAGUAUGGCAGGACACACACCAAUUCCUGGAUUUGCAGCUUAUGGAGCAUCAAAGGCAGCUCUCUCUAUGUUCUCUGCAGUAAUGAGGCAGGAUCUCUUCAAGUGGGGGGUCAAAGUAUCUACCAUUCAUCCUAGUGGUUUCAAAACAAAUAUUUUUGGCUCACAAGAACAUUGGAGAAGCCAGGACCAGAACAUUUUGGAUAACGUCAUGCCAGAUGUCAAAGAAGAUUAUGGUUCAGAUUAUCUAUCAAGCAUACAGGAUUUGCAUCACAAAAUGUUUGACAUCUCUUCUGCUGACCUCUCCCCAGUCUUAGAAGAUGUGUGUCAUGCUCUAUUGGCAGAAAAUCCCCACGCUACAUACACACCAGGCAAGUUUGCCUACUUUAUUCCUUGUUUAGCUCAUUAUUUUCCUCUUUGGGUUUAUGAUUAUUUCUCAAAGCAAGUAUUCCCAAGUCACAAGACUCUUCUUCCAAGAUCCCUAAGGAUAUCUCAGGUUAAAAACAAAACUCUCUAGUCUACUGUGAAAGACUGAACUCAUUUUAAAACCUUUAGUAUUAUUAAUAUGCAAUAUCUACAUAACACAACACAUUGUAUUAUUUUAUUAUUAUAAUUAUUAUUUUAUAAGGGUAUUAUGUAAUCUACUUGUUAAUAUUACCUGAAAAAUAUGACAUUUACACAUGUAUUUUAUUUGUUUGCAGGUAAAAAAACAUAUUACCUUAGUUGUAUCAGUACAAACUCAUAAUCAAUUUAUUAAAAUAAAA